AUGGCCAGAGGAAUCGAAGGCAACGAGAUCGCUACGCCCCGAGUGCCCAAACUCCAGAAAUCGGUCUCGUCGGCAUCACAAUCAGGAAAGCAGCAAAAGAGCAUCCUGGGCUUCUUCCAGCGGAAGACGGCGCCUGCUUCAUCACCUGCUGCACCAAACGAUACUGCAGCUGCUUCAAGUCCUCCGCCGCAGUCUUCACCUGCUCCUGCCAAUUUUAAUGGUAAAGAGAAUGCAGUACCGCUAGUAAAGCCAUCGAUUCCGUCCUCGAGUCCUGUCCGCAAUGGCAAGAAGAAAGUCAACUACGCCGAGUCCGACGACGAGGAUGACGAGCCUGUCCUUCGCCAACGCUCCAACAACGCAACGGGACGCUCUACCAAGAGAAGGAAGUUGGCCGACGAAUCAGACGAUGAGUUCGCCAUGGACGAUGCUACUGAGGCAUUGAUGGCUGCCGCUGACGAUGCUGACAUGCAAGACUUUGUUGUCGAUGAUGAUGCCUCGGAAGACGAUGCUCCUGUCAAACGUAAGAAGUCUAGCCAGACGCGGAAGCCUUCCAAACAGCCUUCUCCUAUUGCAGAAGACGAACCAAGUCAAAGUCCGGAGAUGCCAUCUACCUCGACAGCCCAGCAAUGGAAUUUUGAUCCGGAGGACGUCCAGCCAUACGCCUCCAGGAAGACGCCUCAACGCAAACCACAAACGGGUCCUCCCAAGAAGCAGAAAGCUCAUAUGUCAGAGCCCGAUGCUCGCUACCCUUGGUUGGCCGAUAUAAUGGAUGCGGACCGCAACAAGCCCGGUAACCCAGACUACGACCCACGCACUCUCUUCAUUCCUCCCUUGGCAUGGAACAAAUUCUCUCCUUUUGAGAAGCAGUACUGGGAAAUCAAGUCAAAGUUUUGGGACACGAUUAAUGAUGCCACCAUUGGUCAUCAGCUGUUCGAUCUGAAGAUGACUGAUCGUGUCAACAUGCGCAUGGUCGGUGUCCCAGAGGCCUCACUUGAUCACUGGGCCAAUCAGUUCGUUGCCAAAGGCUUCAAAAUUGCCAGAGUCGACCAGAUGGAAACCGCUCUUGGCAAAGAUAUGCGUGAGAGAGAUGAAAAGACCGGCAAGGGUGGUAAGCCAAAGAAGGAAGAGAAAGUCAUUCGUCGCGAGCUGGCCUCCGUCUUGACUUCUGGUACUCUCGUCGAUGGUGGCAUGUUGCAAGACGACAUGUCAACCUACUGUGCUGCCAUCACAGAGCGCGAAGUAGAUGGGCUACCUGCCUUCGGUAUCGCUUUCGUCGAUACUGCAACAGCUCAGUUCCAGCUCUGUGACUUUGUCGAUGAUGUCGACAUGACCAAGUUUGAAACGUUUGUCGCUCAGACAAGACCCGGCGAACUACUUCUCGAAAAGUCAUGCAUCUCGUCCAAAGCUGUACGUAUCUUGAAGAACAACACCAGCCCCACGUGUCUCUGGAACUACCUCAAACCGGAAAAGGAGUUUUUGACCGCCGACAAGACUGCACUCAAAAUCACCGGAGAGCACUACUUCAAGUCUGACGACAACGAGAAUGAUGAUGCCUGGCCUGCUUUGCUCCGAGAAGCUAGGGAGAAAGAACUUUGCUUCUCUGCCCUUGGCGCUUUGAUCUGGUACCUUCAGACGCUCAAGAUUGAGCGUGAUCUGAUAUCGCUUGGCAACUUCAACUGGUACGAUCCGAUAAGAAAGGCAUCCAGUCUUGUACUCGACGGACAGAGCUUGAUCAACCUUGAGGGCACACUCUUCGCCAUGCUAAAUCGCUGCAUCACACCUUUUGGUAAGCGUAUGCUACGCCAAUGGGUCUGCCACCCCUUGGCAGAUGCUGCGAAGAUCAACGCAAGACUCGAUGCUGUAGAAGCACUUAAUGCCGACCUCACAAUUACCGACCGCUUCACAGCAUCUCUGUCCAAGAUCCCCGAUCUUGAACGUCUCAUUUCCCGCAUCCACGCAGGUAGAUGCAAGGCCACAGAUUUCGUCAAGGUUCUGGAAGGCUUUGAACAGAUCGAGUACACAAUGAGUCUGCUCUCAAGCUUCGGCGAGGGCGAAGGUGUUCUCGGACAACUCAUAUCAUCGAUGCCUGAUCUUGCUGGAGCGCUGGCCCAUUGGACUGAUGCCUUCGAUCGUGAACAGGCAAAAGACCAGAAUCUGCUUGUGCCCAAGCCGGGCAUUGAAGAAGACUUUGACGAGAGCCAAAACACGAUUGAGGAGAUUGAAGGUCAACUACAGUCUUUACUCAAGCGUUGUCGUGAUGAGCUCAGCACUUCCGCUGCCAAGUACACCGACAAUGGCAAGGAAAUCUACCAGAUCGAAGUUCCGGUCAAGACUAAGAAUAUCCCCAAGAACUGGAAGCAGAUGUCAUCGACUGCCAAAGCAAAACGUUACUACUUCCCUGAGCUGGAGAGCUUGAUUCAAGAUUUGAAAGAGGCGCAAGAAACCCACGGACAGAUCGUCAAGCAAGUUGCCGGUAGAUUCUACGCUCGAUUCGACCAGGACUAUGCCAUCUGGCUCGCUGCAGUGAAGAUUGUUGCUCAUCUCGACUGUCUUAUAUCCCUGUCCAGAGCAUCUGCCUCACUCGGUGAACCAAGCUGCAGACCCGAGUUUGUCGACUCUGAGCGUAGUGUGCUCGAGUUUUCCGACCUUCGUCAUCCAUGCAUGCUCAACACAGUCUCGGACUUCAUCCCCAACGACAUCGCUCUUGGUGGCGACAACCCUAGUAUCGAUCUCUUGACUGGUGCCAACGCAGCCGGUAAGAGUACUGUCCUGCGCAUGGCUUGUAUUGCUGUCAUUCUGGCUCAAGUCGGCUGUUUUGUACCGUGUGUCGCAGCACGCAUGACCCCUGUUGAUCGUAUCAUGUCUCGCCUGGGAGCUCACGACAACAUUCUGGCUGGGCAGAGUACGUUCAUGGUAGAGUUGAGCGAGACGAAGAAGAUCUUGUCCGAAGCUACACCUCGUUCGCUAGUCAUUCUCGAUGAGCUUGGCCGUGGUACGAGCAGUCACGAUGGUGUCGCCGUUGCACAAGCAGUUCUUCACCACGUCGCUACGCACACCGGCUGCAUUGGCUUCUUUGCUACCCACUACCACUCGCUCGCGGCAGAGUUCAGCUCACACCCAGAGAUUUCACCCAAGCGCAUGGCCAUCAUGGUGGACGAUACCGAACGCCGCAUCACCUUCUUAUACAAGCUAGAGCCUGGUGUGGCGGAAGGCAGUUUCGGUAUGCACUGUGCAGCUAUGUGUGGUAUCCCAGACGCAGUCAUCCAGCGCGCAGAAGAUGCGGCAAAGGAGUGGGAGUAUACGGGUCGUCUGCAAGUGCGUGCCGAAGAGCGCAAGGAGGGAGAGUUGCCCCUUGGACUGCUCAGCGAUAUUGCAUGGAUGCUCAAGACGGCUGACGAUGUGGUUCCUGAAGGCGAAGAGGGCAUCGGUGAGCGUGGUCUUGAAGUGUUGAGAAGAACUGUUGCUGCAUUGUAG